ACACUAACCAAAGUGGAGGCGUGGAGCAAUCCAACUCGACCCAGGGAAGCUUCACCUCAAAACACUCUGCCACUCCCACUCUCUCCCCCAACAUAAACAGCCACUCCUCACCUCAGUCCUCACCUCUCCCCACCCUCCGGUUCAUGUCCUGCUGCUCCACAUGUCGCUCCCACUCGAGCUCGACUACAUAGGCCUCUCGCCGCCGCCGGCAGCCGCCGCCGCCGGUGCCACCGAAGACCUGAAGGGCACCGAGCUCCGUCUCGGUCUACCGGGGUCCGAGUCGCCGGAUCGCCGCGUCCCGGCCGCCGCCGCCGCUGCGACCAUCCUGGACCUGCUCCCAGCCAAGGGCGCCAAGCGCGGCUUCUCCGACGAGGCGCCUCCGCCGCCGCCGGCUGCCGCUGCCGAGAAGGGCAAGAAGGUGCCGGAGGAGGAAGAUGACGACAAGAAGGUGGCAGCGGCCCCGCAGCCGGCCGCAAAGGCUCAGGUGGUGGGAUGGCCACCAAUCCGCAGCUACCGCAAGAACACGAUGGCGACCAACCAGCUGAAGGGCGGCAAGGAGGAUGCUGAGGCCAAGCAGGGCCAGGGGUUCCUCUACGUCAAGGUCAGAAUGGAUGGCGCGCCGUACCUGAGGAAGGUUGACCUCACGACUUACAAGAAUUACAAGGACCUCUCGACUGCACUUGAGAAAAUGUUCAGUGGCUUCAGUAUUGGCAAGGAUGGCUUUUCUGAGGACCGCAAGGACGGUGAAUAUGUUCUGACUUAUGAAGACAAGGAUGGAGAUUGGAUGCUUGUGGGCGACGUGCCAUGGGAGAUGUUCGCUGAAUCUUGUCGUAGGCUCAGGAUCAUGAAAGGUUCAGAUGCAAUUGGACUUUCUCCAAGGGCAGCUGAUAAGUCCAAGAACCGCAACUAGUAUGGUUGCUUCCUACAGUCCAAAUCAAGAGGGAAAUCCAAUGACUGUAGGGCUCUUUCUGAAAACCAAAAUGUCUUAACAGUUUUAAGACAAAUUCUGCCUUAUGGUCUGUACUACGCGGUUUCCUGUUACGCAAGUAAAGAGCUUUGUGUCUCAUUAUGUUAGCUUUGCAAAAUCUUCUACGGAAACUCUAUUCAAUUAUGGUCAAGUCUUUGUACGUGUGUUAUUCCUAUUCGUGUAAAUGGUUUCGUACACUGUGUGCUACUAUGAUUGAGCACUUCUAUCCACUUUGCAUAACUGUGCCCAUGAACUGUUUGUUCCUAUAUAUAAAUGUUCAAUGAAGCUUGCAAAUGUAUUGUC